AUGUUGGCCCGUUCCUCAAGACUUUGCACGGUAUUCUCAUCAAGUGGGAGGUUAGAGUCCCCGGAUCAACCAUCCGGAUCGGGAAGGUUCAGGAUCACCACUAUAGCCCGGGCUUGUUCGAGAGCUCGGGUAGCACCAAUGAACAGAUACUGCGAGAAAUGGCAUAGAAUCAUGAUACAGGGCGAGCAGCUCUUUCCGGUACACCUCCAGCAACCGACCAAGCUCCGUAUCCUGCCGAGCGGCGGCUUCUUUUGUAACCGCCUCUUGGACGGCUAUCUCAAGCUUGGAGUAUUGAAAUUCCUCAAUCUCGUGAUUCAGCAGAAACGAUCCAAGCGAACCUCAAAAUUUCCUCUCGACCUUGUCCCUCCAACAGCAAAAACUCACAGAAAAAUCUUCCUCAUUUCAAAGCAAUCAAAUCCAAAACAGACCAAAAGAAUUCUGAUGCAAAUCAAUCAGACGAACACGACCAAAUUGACUCCGGUCACGGAUUCAGUCAGCCUUCACCGACCCAUAGCCGCUGUCAUAUCCACCACGCGAGUCCUUCGAAGCAGCCAACAGCCGUCAAGGCCUGCUCACCGAACAGCAUCUCGUCGUUGCCAUACCAACGCCGGCCUUCAGCCGCUGGUAGCCGCCGUCACUCGUCCCUUCCCAUCGGUCGAGACACGUACCGCAGGCUGCGAAUCGACACCAACUGUGUGCCCCCACGGAACAGCUCCAUCAUGCCGUCUUCGGUCAGUCAUCAGUAUCGAUGCUCGAGCCUCGCGCGUCAUGUCACCGAUUGUAGCCUCCCGGAAUCGGGCCUCUCGGUUGUUCACGAAUAGCUCGCCCAGGAUCUGCUACCAGUCGAGCAUUCACGCCGGGAGUUCUCCCUUCGCGCAAUAA